AUGCAAGGGAGCUUAGGAGGACCCUGGAAGUCAGCGGUUGUGCAAUGGCCCCUCCCAGGUUCAGACAGUGCAGGCUGCAAACUGUUGUUUGUUCCUUUCGCACUGAUCUCCUGUCCUGCGCGUGGAUUGCAGGCAAAAUCAGCACAUGAUGCCAUCGGUGCCGCACUCUUGAAGGUGAGAGAGCAGGAGACCUCCGCUGAGUCACUUCCUCCGGACUCCGGGUCUCCAGCGCCAAAUCUUGGGCUGUCUGAAGGCCUCCAGGAGCAUCGGACUCAUGCCGAAUCUCGUUGCCUUAGCAGUUUUCUGCCCUGCGCAGGCCUUGUGCCGUCGCCCGACAAGGCAGUGCAUGGCUUCGCCUCCGGCGCCUCCUCCGUGGCUCCGAGCCUUUGGCCGGAAUCCGCGGAUGCCGCUCAAAGCGCGAUGCCCGCUGAGCCCAGCCUUCUCGCGGCCGUCGUGCCACUGAGUGCACCCAGUGCCUCGAAUUCGGUGCCUUUGCUGCCUUUGGGGACGCCGCAGGCAUCAAUCCUGGAGGUGCCGCACGCGGCACCAAGCGGAGAUGGCCAAGGGCAAGGGUUCCAGCAGGCUCCCGGAGCUUUUGCAGAGGACCCGGCAUUAAAUGGCUCGGCUCUGUCCAUCCAACAGCAGAUGCUGUAUAUCAAGCAGUAUCAGCAACUGUUGGUCAAUGGAUACGACGGAACGUCAGCUACAUCAGCUCCUUCGUGUCCUUCUUUAGCUUCCAGUCUGCCUGGCUUCCAGAGCAGCACUGUCGAUGCCGGAAACGCUCUGGCCGAGCUCAACUCUUUGGAGGAGCGGGUGCGAGAAGCGGAGGACAAGGUGAAGCGAGCAGCCGCACAGUCUCAUCACUAUGUCGGCUUCAUAUCCAAGUUUGACACUCUGAAGGGCUAUGGCUUUGUGUCGUGCUCGGAGACCUUCAAGCGAUUCGGUCGAGACAUUUUCAUCGACAGGGAGUCAUACCAGGGGGCCAGAAUUGGCGACACCGUGGUUUUUUCUGUCGGCUUCAACAAGAAGGGCGAGGUUCGCGCAUGUGAUGUACAAAAGUUGAACGAGGUGACGAGACUGAAGCAGGAGUUGCAGCAAAAGAAGCAGGCGUACAUGACCAGUGUUUCAAGGUCUGGGAUGAAUGUGCAGUCAGCGCUGGAACUUAUUCAGGGUAAGAGACCGGCUCCAGGAGAAAUUACUGAUGCGCCAAGCUUCAAGCGCUUUGCGACAUAG